UUCCCACACAUCUUUAAAGUAUUCUCUUUCUUUCUUCCCAUUUCUCUCUCCUUUACCCUCUUCCUUAAAAUUUAAUUUUAUCACCAAACAAACACUCCCUUAAUUAUUCUCCCUCCUCCUUCAACAAAACCCAAAAAAAUGAAUGAAGGAAUAUGUUAUUUCCACCCAAAAGAAGAUGUUUUAGGAGUUUGUCAUCUUUGUUUAAAUGAGAGACUUCUCAUUUUAUCAGCCAAACAAGGCCUUAAUAAAUCAAAAUCCACUAAUAAAUAUGAUUAUUAUUCUAAUAAUAAUCAUAAUAAUAAGGCUAAAUCUUAUGUUAACCUCCCUAAAAUCUUUGCCAUUACAUCUUUCUUCCACCACCACAAAGAUGACAUCAACCGCCACCGCCACCGCAGCUGCAGCCGUAGCCACCACCGUGAUGAUGCUGGUGUUUUUUAUGAUGCUGACACUACUUCCACCAGCCUAGAAGAAGAUGAAUCUUUCAUAUCAAUCAAGUUUGGGGACAAUGGAGUGGCAUCAUGGGACAAGACUAGCAAUAUAGUGCCACAAAAACAACAUAGCACCUUAUCUUGGGGUAGUCAAACCUCAGUCAAAGAUGCUACCAUCAAGGGUAUUGACCGUAAUAAUAACAACAAAAGUGUGGUGGAGCGUGCCAAGCCACGGACGGCGGCGACGCUGAGGUGGCGAAAGCGGAUUGGCCAAUUAUUACAGGUGGUCCGGUGGAAGAAGUCUAGCAACGCCACCAAUGUUGGUGGUGGAAAUAAUAGUAGUAAGGUGGUGGUGGAGGGAGUGAAAGUGGUUAGGAAUAAUAACAACAAAGGUUGGAUAAAGACAUUAAAGAGAAGCACCAAAGAGUGAAAAUUGUGAUUAAAGUAAAUAUUUGGACCACUUUUUUUAUAACCCCAUUAAAAAAAAAUUAGAUUUUGGAUGUUAUUAUUUUUUAUUUUGUUUUGGUGUGUUUGUUAUGGGUUUAAUGUGAUUAUAAAAGAUCAAUAUUAAUUUUAAGGGACAUUAUUAAUAUAAAUAGUCUUACACUAUUA